CCGACCUACCAACCCCGGUGGGACGUUACUAUGCAAAGUUCCAAAUCCGCCCGAAUAGCGACGAAUAACGGAAGCCUCUCCACCGAUCAGCCAAUCAGCGAUCCCGUCGGGAGAAUCCAAAUUCCAAACAGGCGAAGGCACUCUCGUAGAAGAGAAAAGGGGACUCAGAUUUCCUUCCGUCGCUUGUGUUUGUUUCGCCUCGAUCUCCCUCUCUGCUUCCCUUGAUCUCGUCGCUUCCUUCGUCGAGGUCCUCAUGGAAACCCAUCAGGUCGGCGCUGCAUCCGAAUUUUAUCAGGGAUCGGUUAAGGAAGGCGAAUUGGCUGGAUCAUGCAGAUGGUUGCGUGCUGUGAAUUCAAGGCCCAGGGCGGUUUGUGGCUGUUUUAAAUGGGCUGUUUACAGUCAAAGGGUCGAAGGCAAUUCCCAGGAUAUGAGGACCCCGUUCUUCUGGCUUCUCAGACAGCAUGUUAGUGAAUAUAUGGGUGAAGCAUAUUGUGGUCUAAGCUGUUAUUUCUCUUGCUGGUUUGAUACUCAUGUGACAGAUAAUGCAUUUGUCACUGUCAGUGAAGUUGAAGCAUUGUUUGAACUGUUCAAGAGCAUUAGCAGUUCUGUGAUAGAUGAUGGAUUAAUCAACAAGGAAGAGUUCCAACUUGCAUUAUUUAAGACAGGAAAGAGGGAAAAUCUUUUCGCAAACAGGAUCUUUGAUCUAUUUGAUGUCAAGCAAAAAGGUGUUAUUGAUUUUGAAGAUUUUGUUCAAGGUCUGAAUGUUUUUCAUCCGAAUGCCCCACAUGAAGAUAAAGUUGAUUUUUCCUUCAAGCUUUAUGAUUUGGAUGGUACAGGUUUCAUUGAAAGGAAAGAGGUGAAGCAGAUGCUUAUUGCUCUGCUAUCUGAAUCUGAGAUGAGAUUAGCUGAUGAGGUUGUGGAGUCGAUCCUAGAUAAGACAUUCCAAGAAGCUGAUGCAAAUCAGGAUGGAAAAAUAGAUAAAACCGAAUGGGAAACUUUUGUUUCUUGUAAUCCAUCAUUGAUGAAGAUUAUGACCCUUCCAUAUCUCAGGGACAUUACGACAACUUUCCCAAGUUUUGUAUUCUAUUCUGAGGUCGAGGACAUUGCUACAUGAUGAGUGUUGCCUUAACACGAACAAGGAGAUUUCAAAACAAUAAGGCAGUUGCUGUUCCAUGAAGUAAAAAAAACAAACUACAUUUGAACUGAUUGCCAUUCUGUCAAAGUUUCUAGCCACAGCUUUAUAAUGCAUUUGCGUACUGCGUUGAAUGACUGCUAGUGAUUUUAAUGCCCUCGCGAGUACUGAGGAUGAUAUCUAGCACGUAUACAUAUGAUCUCUCCGUAACUUUAUCUCUGCCAAAUUUGAUGUGGAAGUUAUACAAGUUUUUACUUCUUUUUGGUGCAUUUUCUUCUGAAUUUAUGUUGUUCAAAUGUAUUCUGUAAAAUUUAUACUCUUAAAUAUUUUUCUUAUGUGUGUAAA